CUUCUGAUUGGUUCCUUGUCACAAGGCAGGCACCUAACCUAACCUCUAGUGACUAAGACAAGGUCAUAGUGAGCACGUGUUACUGUCAUGGCUGCCUAAAUGGGGGGCUGGUCCCUUCACUAGAAGGCCGGCUAGAGGCUGAGAGGGAAUGAAGAAGCAACAGGCAUACAGACACAUAGGCAAUGAAGGUGGGAUCAGGUGGUGUUCUCUCCAAAAUCUAGCUUGUAUAUUAGGUACAGCAUGGGGAGGGGUUAGACUGGAAAGCCACCUCUGUAGGCCAGCAUUCACAGCCUGUAAACUUCAGGAGAAAGCUGCUGUUGCUAGUCUUUGUGCGCACUGAUCUACUGUUUGUAAGCAUGAAUACUCCUAAGGAAAGCUUUGCCAAUACUCUUGUUCUUGGCCCAUAUGGCUUUGCCAGUUUACCAUGGAGUCCUGCCCAUGUCAAAAUACAGUCACUCACACCUCUCACUCAGGUAUUCUCUUGCUCCCUAUAGCCCUUGGAUGUGGAGUGGGUCCGGGAGGUCAAGGAUCUAGGGGCCUACUUGUGGGCCUCUGCCAGAGCUGGUUUGGUUGAAAAAGAAAAGUGAAACCCGGAAAGGGCUGAGAAGCACUCUUCCCUUUUCUAAAGUUACUUCAAAGCAGGGUGCAAAGUCCCAGACCCGGCUCAUUCAACCCUCUCGACACAUAGAGCAUAGCUGAAGCUUCUGGACCCGCGGGGUGCCCAGGGUGAGCGGAAUCCAUGGAGAAGUUCAAGGCAGUGCUGGACCUGCAGAGCAAGCACCGCAGCGCCCUGGGCUACGGCUUGGUGACACUGCUGACUGCAGGUGGGGAGAAGAUCUUCUCCGAGGUGGUGUUCCAGUGUCCCUGCAGCGCCACCUGGAACCUGCCCUAUGGACUGGUGUUCCUGCUGGUGCCAGCGCUAGCCCUCUUCCUCCUGGGCUAUGCUCUCAGAACGCGCACCUGGCGCCUGCUCACAGGCUGCUGUUCCUGGAGUGCGAGCGCGCAAUCCAGCUCGGGGUUGCAGCGCGUGUUCGUGUGCGCACAGAUCAGCGCGGCCGCCGCGCUCCCGCCCCUCACUUGGGUGGCGGUAGCGCUGCUCGGAGGCUCCUUCUACCAGUGUGCUGUCAGCGGGAGCGAGGCCAUGGCCAGACACCUGUGCAAGGGCCGCGACCCUAGCUGCGCCGCCAAGCUACCGCAGGUUCCCUGCAAGAAGCAGGAGGCGGAGAUGCAGGACAUCCUGAGUCAGCUCAAGGCUCAGUCUCAGGUGCUGGGCUGGAUCCUGAUAGCAGCUAUCAUCAUUCUACUUCUGGUUGUGAAGUCUGUCACUCGAUGUCUCUCUCCGGUUAGUUAUCUGCAGCUAAAAUUCUGGGAAAUAUAUUUGGAAAAGGAGAGGCAGAUCCUUCAAGGAGAAGCUAUGGAACAUGCGACCCAGCUGGCAAAAGAGAAUGUUAGGUGUUUCUUUGACUGCACAAAUCCGAAGGAUUGCAGCACCCCAAGCAGUAAAGCCUGGCAGCAAAUCUCUGCACUUUACACGUUCAAUCCCAAGAACCAUUUCUACAGCAUGUUGCACAAGUACGUUAACAGAAAGGACAUGAGUGGCAGCCUCCGCUCUGUGGAAGGAGAUGCAGUGGUCCCUGUCCUUGGCUUUGUAGAUGCCUCAGGGAUGGCCACCACUCAUGGGGUAUGAUCUUACAAUGAACAGGAAAAAAAUCAUUUUGAAUUGUUGCUUCAUAUAAAAAAUAUAACAGUAUGUUUUAUGGCUGCUUGCUUCUCCAAAUUGUGAGACUUUUAGAUCUGAAACUGGAACAUAUGUUUGACCAUUUUUUUCUUGUGUUAAUUGUUAAACAAAGCUGAGGGAAAAUAAUUUACCCAAAGUGGCAAUCUAGAUUAAAAGUUUUAUACCUUUAUUCUAGGUUUAUGUCAAAUAAGAGCCAUCAAUGUAGAGAUAAUUGAACUUCAGAUCUUUCUGUUACAUUAUCUGAUGCUAAUUUCAAGGUUGGGGUUUUGUUGUAGUUUGCCAAAGACAGAGUAUUAGGAACCUAACACUUAUGUCAUUAUAGCUUGCUUUGUGCUAUGAUGGAGAGAAUACUGUAUUUCUAGUCAAAGUUACUGCUAUUGUUCAAGUAUUAUGACAUUUAUGAUUCUAGCAUGGUUUUUGUAUGAAAGUUAAUCAUGAAAAAGAAAAACUGUAGACAAUGUAUUUUUUUUUCGGUUUUUAAGAUCAAAGGCUGGGUGUGGUAGCAUACACCUUUAACCCUACCACUCAGGAGGCAGAGGUAAGCAGGUCUCUGAAUUUGAGGCCACCCCAAAUUCCAGGGCAGACAGGAUGCCAUCCUGUCUCAAACAAAACAAAAUAAAACAAACAAGAAAGAUU